UAAUACUCCAAUUGUAAGUCAUGAAUAAUGACAGAAUAAGAUAAUGGCCACACGGUUCACAUAGGUAAAUGGAGUCUCUUUUAAGGUCUUAAGGUUACCUUAACCUUAAGAUGCACUUGACUGUCUGUCACAGUGGAACACAUAUAAUUUAAGGGGAAAUGGUUGCUGCUCAAAUUAGAUGGUUUUUUCUAUGGUGGAUUAUUGGGGUUGUAAUUUCUGUCAACCGACUUUGUUUUCGUUGCAAUGGAGUUUCGAGCAUGCGUUUGUGCAACACGACGGCAACCUGUGGAGACAAUGAGGAAUGCUACCUCGAAAGAGUCACCAAAUCAGAUCUGCAAGUAAUCUUUUCUGCCGGUUGUAGAAGUAAAACGGUUUGUCAAAUUAUGGCGACUUUAAGUGGAAAUCCAAGACGGAGAGAUUUAGUGAACUGUGCCCAAUGUUGUGUCAACCCUCCUGGUGCUUCAGAACCUUGUAAUUCAAGACUGUGUGGUCAGCAGCCUCUUGUUACAACCGUGUCACCUUCAGCUGUACCAGGACUGAAAUGUAUGAGUUGUCAUCAUGCACUUUCUGUUCACGAAUGCAAGAAAACAACAGUGGAUUGUCAGCAUCAUGAGGAAUGUUAUUUUGAAUCUGUUACUACAUCAGAUCGUAAGGUGAAGUUUAAUGCUGGAUGCCGAAGCAGAGCGGUAUGCAAUUUGAUGAGUUCACUUGGACCAAAGAUUGGCAAAAGAGAUUUGGUAAAUUGUGCUGAAUGUUGUAGCGGCCCUCCAGACCGUGAAGGACCUUGUAAUACACGAUUAUGUGGUGAAAGCUCUGCUCCACGUUGCUUAGUAUGUAAUGGUCUACAGUCCUCUAGAGCCGAUUGUCAGACCUCGGCUAUUUGCCCUCAAAAUCAGACGUGUUACAAUGGGGUACGUAUUGUUGGUUCCUCGUCCCUUCAAUACGUUUAUGGCUGUGAAGAAGAGCAGACUUGCCAAGCAUUCGCUGAGAAUUAUCAUCAUUAUCACAACAAUCAGCAUGUCGGUAGAUCCGUCUCCAAUGAUGGCGGAGUAAUCGUAUGUGAUUCUUGUUGUAAAGACGACAUGUGUAACGCCCAGGAUUGCUUUGCUUUAUUGAAAAACAUGACAGUGAAUAUGUUUGAUAACACACAAAUGCAGACCGGUAAUGUACUUGGAUAAUCUUUGUCUAAUAUUAAUUAAAAUAAAAGAAAAGAUUUUCUGUAAAGAAUAUAUU